UAGUUGAUACAUGUAUUUUGUGUUCGAUGCUAAUAAUUUAAACCAAAUAAUGCAAAAUUGACAGUCUAUUUGUAUUAUAUAAAGAUAACAGUUACUUUUAAAAACUUUGCUUUGUUGUUUUUAUAUCAAUGACACCAGUUUACUGUAUUAGAAAUCACUGUUGGGACUCCAUGUACAAUUUCGAAUUUACUAAUUUUUCCUCGUAACAAAAACAUGAAUAAUUGUGGUGUUGGUGGUGGUGUAGGAACCGGAGGAGGAGCUUAUGAUGCUAAAAUAGCAGGCCUAUAUGAUUUGCUUGAUACACUGGGGUCAGGACAUUUUGCUGUUGUUAAAUUGGCAAGACAUGUCUUUACGGGUGAAAAAGUUGCAGUAAAAGUUAUUGAUAAAAGUAAAUUAGAUGAAGUGUCAAAAUCACAUUUAUUCCAAGAAGUACGAUGCAUGAAACUAGUUCAACAUCCUAAUGUUGUUCGACUAUAUGAAGUUAUUGAUACACAGACUAAAUUAUAUUUGAUACUAGAAUUAGGUGAUGGAGGUGAUUUGUAUGAUUAUAUUAUGAGACAUGAAUCGGGUCUCUCAGAAUCUCUAGCUCGUGAUUACUUUCGUCAAAUAGUUCGUGCUAUUUCAUACUGUCACAGGUUACAUGUUGUUCAUCGAGAUUUGAAACCUGAGAAUGUGGUGUUUUUUGAAAAAUUAGGAGUAGUGAAAUUGACUGAUUUCGGUUUUAGCAAUAAAUUCUGUCCGGGACAAAAACUUGAAACGUCAUGUGGAUCUUUAGCAUACUCAGCGCCUGAGAUUUUGUUAGGUGAUUCCUAUGAUGCACCUGCAGUGGAUGUAUGGUCUCUUGGUGUUAUUUUGUAUAUGUUAGUGUGUGGACAAGCUCCUUUUCAAGAAGCGAAUGACAGUGAAACUUUAACUAUGAUAAUGGACUGUAAAUACACAAUGCCAACCCAUGUUUCAAAUUCAUGUAAAAGGCUUAUUGGAAGAAUGUUAGUAAGAGAACCAGAAAAGCGUGCAACAUUAUCAGAAAUAGCAACAGAUCCUUGGGUCGCUGCUGGUGAAGGUGUAACUGUAGAAGAUUUUGAUACUCCAUUAGUAGCCAAACAAGAUUUAUCAGAAGAUGAUCGUGCUGCUAUCUUACAAAGGAUGGUGAAUGGUGCUAUUGGUACCAAGGAACACAUUCUGGAAGAAUUAGAAAAGAAUGAAUAUAAUCAUAUUACUGCUACAUAUUACUUAUUAGCAGAGAGAAAAUUAAGAUCUAAAAGGCAGGAGGCGCGGCAGAGUGCUCGAAGACCAGAAGUGCUUGGUGUGUCGCGGACUUCGAGGGGAAUGUUGGCUCCUCCACAGCUGUCUACCGCCCCUCGCACUCCACAAGACGUACCUCCGAGGUCGCGCAAGUGCAGCAUAGUUCGCGAGGAGGAGGACGACGAGGAGGGCGCGGGCGCGGCCAGCGCGGGGCGGGCGGGCGACGCGCGGCGCGGCUCGCGCUCCGAGGGCCGGCUGCAUCUCGCGCGGCCCGCGCAGCUCGCGGACAAUCUCAUCAAGGUGAAUCUCGACGAAGGUGCGUGCGCGACGCCCCCCGCGGAGAGCACGCGCCGCGCGCCGCCUCCGCCCGCGCCCGCGCGCCGUCAGCGGCUCGAGUGUCGCCGACGACGCGCGCGCGCAGGCUCGUGCUCCUCGUCCGAUCUGUCGGACGACGACUCGGAGAAGAAGAAGCGCGCGGGCGAGCAGGUGGCGGCGCCUGGUGAGCGCGCGCGCCGCGACUCGCACGACGACUCCAGCGACAGCCAGGAGCGCGGCGCCGCGCGCCGGCCCGCGCCGCGCCCGCCGCCCGCCGCGCCCGCGCACGGCGGAAGUUCAUCCAGUGGUGGCAGUGCUGGUGGUGGCGGUGGAGCGGGCGGUGGUGGCGGCGGGGCUGGCGCGGCGGGGGACGCGCGAGGGGGCAGUGCGGGGGGGCGGCGGAGGCGCGCCGCGCGCAAGGAGAGUCGGCUGCGGGAGUCGCGUUCGCUCAAUCGUAUUGCUGAGGUGGAGGAGGCGAGCGCGGCGCGCUGGGCGGGCGCGGGCGGGCUGGUGGCGCUGUGCGGGCGGCCGCUGCUGCGCCUGCUGGCCGCCGCGCGCCCCGCGCCCGCCGCGCGCCGCCUGCACGGCCUGUGCUGAGCUCGCGGCGCCCGCCCGCCCCCGCUCUCCGCGGAUCCGGCGCGAUCCUACAUUCAUUUAUUUAUUACGAAAAUUAUCUCUGUGAAGAUACGAAGCGUGCUCGAUUGCGUAAUCGAUAAGUUCUUUUUAAAUUAUUCUUCACCGUUUAGUAUGCGUGAUAUUUUAGAGUGUUUUUUUAUAUAAAAUGUAUUUAAAGAGAUUCACUGAUAUAUUUUGUGCUGUCGCUACGGUUCUUGCGGUCGUUUGAGUCCUAGUAUGCGGUAUAUUUAAAGCUAACAGGCGAGGAGUGUCCACUUAGUGUGCACACUUUAAAUGUAAGAAAGUAGACUGACGAUGAGUAUUAUUCGAUUCUUCGAUGCCGUUAUACUCUGCAACAGAACUCAAAGGUGAAUCCAAACUUUGUUAAGGUAGUUUCCUCGUUCCAUACUACGUCUUUCUAUCGUUUUGUAUUCAUCGAGUCUUGUGUUUUGUAACAAAAGGUCGCAUUUGGUAUAUUUUUCUAAAAUAUAUUUUUAGAGAAUGUCUUUUAUAUACUGACUUCUCUCGACUAAUCCUUGAAAAGUAAUUGCCCCUCAAAACGCCAAAUAAUUGUACUGAUCCUUUUUUAAGAAAUUUUUUUUUACGUCAAUAAACUGUAAACAAAUUCUGAAUCUUCGUAAAAUUAUAUCGCACGGGGCCAUUAUAUCUUGGAUAUGUUUUAAUACAAGCAAUAAAAGGCAUUUGUAACAUGUAUAUGAAAAUAUUAGGUCAACAGGGUUUCUACAAUUCAGUUCAUGGGUGUUUACUAAUUUUAUUAAUGACGAUAAAAAAAUUAAUACGACGAAGUUAUGAAGAACUGAAUUUUAUAACACAUUUUUCACCAAACUAAAUGAUCUAAGUAAAACUAACAUCAACAAAAAAAAAAACUCAAGCUCUACCAGUAAUAUUAAUCAAUAUAUAUAACUCAAAUGCAACUUAUUUCGCGUAGUGUAAAUCUAUCUUUAUAUAAUACAUAACUUGAAUCAUUAUCGUAAGACGACCUCUAACAUUGACUUUGUAAUUUGUCAUAGGGUUGAGCGCUAUUUUACAGACAUUAUCUACGCUGUGCCUUAAUCUAAGCUUCCGGUAGUACGCGUGUGGCCAACUCCUUUUAGCUUUAUUUUGUGGCAGAUGUAGUUUUUGUAUCAAUGCUUAUGUAAAGUUAAGUUGUAUUUAAUCUGACUAAAUUUUAUUUCUGAUUUGAAAACUUUUUGCCAACAAUGAUUAUCCUUCAAUGCUUUCUUAAAAUAUUUCACUCGCGCUAAAUUUUCAUACAAAAUUAUUGUCCUAUAAGAGAUUUCUUAAAACAACCGUAUGUUUAAACUAUGAAUCGAUGUCGUGAUUUUCGCAUUUUUUAUCAAUUCAAGCUAAAUUCAUAAUUUUCACAGACUAUUAAUUACAUUUAGUUGCUUAUACGACUUUAAUUAAACUAGUGAAGAAUGUAUAUUAUUGAUUGUUCAAAUCAAAAAAGGCAAGGAGGUCUGAGCCCAUCCCAACAGUGGGAUUUAUAGGCCGUUAGUACUAUAAUACUAAUUGAUUAUUUAGUAUACUGUCAUAAUUGUUUUAUGUUUUCCUCGCUGACUAUGUUUAAAUGCAAGUUGCCACUUUUUGGUUCACACGGUUGCCACUAACUGCCUCAUCAGAAAACUCCUUAAUAUGUUUGAAAUAAAUUGACGAGGGCAUGUAAAGUGGUAUGUGACUACUAUCCUUCCUACAACUUAAAUCAAAUUGUAAAUUACUAACCUUGUAACAUUUUAUAUAGAUUAAUAACACUUAGGUGUUUUGUUUUUCUUCUCUCCUCCGUUAUAUUAUAAAAUUUAUUGAUAAUUAAUAUUUGUUAAUUAUUUUACUGAAUUAGAAAACAAACAAGACAAAGGCUUACCUUAUUCACUUUCAGGAUGAAAUAAAUGUAAACAUAUCACUUGACAGGUCAAGUACCGUUAGCAUAUCAUGCAAUAUAAUCUCGGUUUUAUUUCAAGGUGUCUGUUUUUAUAUUUAUAAAAAAUUAUUAAUAGUUAUUGUUUAUUUGAUUUUAAAUUUUCGAGUUAUAAUAAAAAUAUUUAAGCAUAUAUAGCAAUGAGACGUAAAGCAUUUAGUAGUUCCUCCCUCUUGUCAUGGCGAAAUAUUUUUUGUCAUUUUCCAUUAUAAAAAAUAGGCAGUAGUUUCCAAGUGGAGUGUGUAUGUUCGAAGCAGUAAUGGAUAUGUUGUUCAGAUAUAUUUAAAAGUAUCAAUUUAAAAUAAAUUUUAAAUAUGAAACCUUAAUUAUAUUUGUACGAAGAUGGGGGUGACGCUAAAUUGUCCGUUUUAUCAUUUAAUAAAAAAUGUUUAUUCACUUUUGUAUUUGUCUAGACAUCAUUUAAAAAUAAUAAUUAUUUUUAUAACAAACUUCAGAAGGAAGUUUGUAACGUUAAAUUUAUGUCAUUACUAAUUGUUUAAAGAUUAUAUUUUAUUUUAGGAAUUAUAAAAAAGUAUAGAAAAAGUAUUUUUUUUUUAAAUAUCUACAAUAGG